AUUAUUAUUAAAACCCUAGCCCUAACCCAAACGCCCUCAACGGUCGAAUUCCCAAACGGCUAAUCCUUCUUCUUUUCUCUGUCUCCAUUUUGUUCUCUCAUCAAAUCAAAUUUCAAACCUUACUGAUCUCUCAAACACCUUCCUCAGACAGCAAAAGAUCGAAACAAUUCUCGUAUUCGAUUCCUCUUCCACAAUUCACUCAUUUGUGGACAUCGCUUUUCUCAGAUGUCAAGCUUUUUUAAGAGGAUCCAUGGUUUGUUUUGGAAAAAAUUAGUUUGAGGAAUGUGAUAAUUGCUUCAACAUGUCCAAGGUCCAGAACGACCCACUUUUGCAAGUGGAAACCACAUGUGGAUCUCUUUUAUAUGAACUCCAGAUAAUAUGGGAUGAAGUUGGGGAAUCCGAAGCUGAAAGGGAUAAAAUGUUGCUUGAGCUUGAACAAGAAUGUCUAGAAGUAUACAGAAGAAAGGUAGAUAGGGCUAACCGAUGUAGAGCUCAGCUAAGACAAGCAAUUGCAGAUUCUGAAGCAGAGCUCGCGGCUAUCUGCUCUGCAAUGGGAGAGAGACCGGUACAUAUCAGGCAGCAGUCUGAUCAAAACCCUGGAAGCUUGAAGGAAGAGCUCAGCACUAUUCUUCCACAACUAGAGGAGAUGCAGAAGAGGAAAUGUGAUAGACGGAAUCAAUUUGUUGAAGUUCUGGAGCAAAUUCAGAAGAUAUCAAAUGAGAUACAUAGGUCCUCUGAAUAUACUCCGUCCAGCACAGUUGUGGAUGAAACUGAUUUGUCUUUAAGAAAACUUGAAGAGUUGCAUAGAGAGCUUCAGGCACUUCAAAAAGAAAGGAGUGAUCGAAUGAACCAAGUGUUGGACCUCCUGAAUACUUUGAAUUCACUGUGCUUGGUGCUUGGUAUAGAUUUCAAGCAAACAGUUAGUGAGGUUCACCCCAGUCUAGGUAACGAUUCUGAAGGAAUGACGAACAUAAGUAAUGAGACUAUUGAGCGGUUGGGAAUUGCAAUAGAAAGAUUGCGAGAGGUUAAAAUACAGAGAAUGCAGCGGCUGCAAGAUCUUGCAACUUCAAUGUUGGAGCUUUGGAAUUUGAUGGACACACCAAUUGAAGAGCAACAGAUGUUUCAGAAUGUUACCUGUAACAUAGCUGCUUCAGAACACGAGAUAACAGAACCCAACACGCUUUCUGUGGAUUUCAUCAAUGAUGUUCAGGCAGAAGUUUCUAGGCUGGAAGAGUUGAAAGCAAGCAAAAUGAAGGAGCUUGUUUUGAAGAAGAGGUCAGAGCUAGAGGAGAUUUGUAGGAAGACACAUUUGAUUCCUGAAUCAGAUAGUGCGGUGGAAAUUGCUAUUGAAGCUAUAGAGUCUGGAGUUGUGGACCCUGCAUCUGUCCUUGAACAAAUUGAGCUUCAAAUUGCUAAAGUCAAAGAGGAAGCUUUUAGCAGGAAAGAAAUUCUUGAAAAAGUUGAGAAGUGGCUGGUUGCAUGUGAGGAGGAGUGUUGGCUUGAGGAGUAUAACAGGGAUGAUAACCGAUACAAUGCUGGAAGAGGUUCUCAUCUUACUUUGAAGCGUGCUGAGAAAGCUCGUGCUUUGGUUAAUAAACUUCCAGGAAUGGUGGAAGCAUUGGCUUCAAAAACUGCAGCAUGGGAGGACGAGAGAAGCAUUGAGUUCACUUAUGAUGGUAUACGUCUUCUUUCUAUGCUUGAAGAGUAUACUAUUUUACGGCAAGAGAAAGAGCAAGAGCGCAAGAGGCAGAGGGACCAGAAGAAACUUCAGGGGCAAUUAAUGGCAGAACAGGAGGCACUUUUUGGUUCAAAACCAAGUCCAAUGAAGCUCCAGAGUGGGAAAAAGGGUCCUAGAUUGUCAUCUGGUGGAGUAGUGACGACUAAUAGAAGACUUUCUGUUGGAGGAACAAUGCUACAAACUCCAAAACCUGAUCCUCUUCACUCCAUGAAAGCUACUCCUAAUACACGUCAAGCCAAGAAGAGUGAUCGUCUGCACCCAAAUGACCAGUUACAUCACCCCCAGGAUAAUGCAUUUGCAGCUUUAUCAGCUGGUAGAAGAGGCUUGGAUAUUGCUGGUCUCCCUCUAAAGAAGCAUUCUUUCAAUGCAGUAAAUGCUCGUGAAGUAGAGUCACCCCUAAAGAGGAAACCCUUCUCGCCCAUCUCUUCCACAGAAUCAUCCAAGUCCAACGCAGCAAACUUAAUCGAAGACGUGAACAGAAAGCAGAAUGAAAUGAUAUCUCAGAAAUUACUUCGAAGCAACAGUACCCAAUUCACUACUCCUUCCAAGUUAAUGUCUGCUACUGCAGAGGAAGAGAAUAGGACUCCUAAAGUAAUGUCAAUCCCUAUGCCCCCUACACCUUCAACGGUGUCAAUUCCAAUGCAGACAGCGAUGACACCAGCUGCUCGUCCUCUGGUUCCUUAUUGUGGUGGUAAACCGGUUGUUGAAGAGAUUAUUCCUGAAGAGAUUGAAUACUCGUUUGAAGAAAGACGAGCGGGUUUCGUGCUUCCUAGAACACCACAUCUCAAGACAGUAAUACAAGUGUGAUUUGUUGUUGACAGCUUAGGUGAACUUGACUCUCAUAUUAUUGUUAUUGAAUGUUUUUUUGUAUUCUUUUUGUUUCUCUGGAUUUGUGGGGUUGAUAAGUCAAUUCUAAUUGGCUUCUCUAAUUGUGUACAUUGUCUACGAGUUGUUCUAAACGUGGACCUAUAUUGAUAUUGUUCUUUUCUGAUCAAUGUGAUCUUCUCUUUAAGUUUUGGAUGUUUUAUGCCAUUUAUGUGACUGAAUUUCAGGCAA